CUGGCUUCAUUUGAAAAAUCAGCUCUAUCAAAACAUUGAUAUUAGGGCUCUAAUCUUUCUUCCGCUUCUGCAGGCAAUGGAAGAGACCAUGCAGGAAGACGAGAAAAAGUUCCGCUUCCUCAUAGACGGUUUCCCCCGCAACGGGGACAACCUUCAGGGCUGGAAAAAGGUCAUGGAAGGCAAAGCAGAUGUCAAAUUUGUUCUUUUCUUUGACUGCGGCAAUGAGGUUUGCAUCGACAGGUGUUUAGAAAGAGGGAAGAGCAGUGGACGCAGUGAUGACAACAGAGAAAGCUUGGAGAAAAGAAUCCAGACCUACCUGCAGUCUACACGACCAAUCAUUGAUCUGUAUGAGGAAAGCGGCAAGGUGCGCACUAUAGACGCCUCUCGCUGUGUGGAUGAG